CAUGGUGGGGCAGUUGACGUCUACGGAUGGCAACGGAUUUCAACGGGAAACAUUUUCACCGGAACGUGUCCUUCCACUUCCUCCUCUCCCUUUAUACAACACCCAUUCCGCCUCUCCUCCUCACCCUUGACCUUUUCACCACCUUCAACCACUCAUCACUCUCCCUAUCCCAUCACACGCGCCCAAAAUGCCCGGCUUCUCCCAAGCAAUGGAGCUUCCGGCGUGGAAGACGCUGCAAGAGCACCACGAAAAACUCGGGCGCGGCAUGGUGCUCAAGAGCGAGUUUGAAAAAGAUCCCCAGCGCUUCGCCAAGUACAGCCGCACGUUUGCCAACACUGCCGACAAUUCCGAGAUCCUCUUUGAUUUCAGCAAAAACUUCCUCACCGAUGAUACCCUGCCCAACCUGGUGAAGCUGGCGCAGGAGGCGAAGCUCGAGGAGCUGCGCGACGCCAUGUUCAAGGGGGAGAAGAUCAACUUUACUGAGAACCGUGCCGUGUACCACGUGGCGCUGCGCAAUGUCAAGAAUGAGCCGAUGGCUGUCGAUGGCGAGUCGGUGGUCGAGGGCGUUAACGAGGUGCUACAGCACAUGAAGGAGUUCUCCGAGCAGGUGCGCAGCGGAGAGUGGAAGGGGUACACCGGCAAAUCGAUCGACACCAUUGUCAACAUUGGCAUCGGCGGGUCGGACUUGGGCCCGGUGAUGGUCAGCGAGGCGCUCAAGCCGUAUGGCAAGCAAGGCAUGAAGCUGCACUUUGUCUCCAACAUUGACGGCACGCACAUCAAGGAGGCCGUCAAGGAGAGCAAUCCCGAGACCACCCUGUUCCUCAUUGCCAGCAAGACCUUCACCACCGCCGAGACCGUCACCAACGCCAACACGGCCAAGAAGUGGUUCCUGCAGAGCGCAAAGGAGUCCGACAUUGCCAAGCACUUUGUCGCCCUCAGCACCAACAAGAGCGAGGUGGAGAAGUUUGGCAUCGACAGCAAGAACAUGUUUGGCUUCAGCGAUUGGGUGGGCGGCAGAUACUCUGUCUGGUCUGCCAUUGGCCUCUCGGUGUGCCUGUACAUUGGCUACGACAACUUCCAUCAGUUCUUGGCCGGUGCAAACGCCAUGGACCACCACUUCCGCACCGCUCCGCUCGAGCAGAAUAUCCCGGUGAUUGGAGGGUUGUUGAGUGUGUGGUACUCGGACUUUUUCGGCGCCCAGACUCAUCUUGUUGCCCCCUUCGAUCAAUACAUGCAUCGCUUCCCCGCCUACCUCCAACAACUCUCCAUGGAGUCCAACGGCAAGGCCAUCACCCGCAGCGGCGACUACGUCAAGUACACCACCGGUGCCAUCCUCUUCGGCGAGCCGUGCACCAACGCGCAGCACUCCUUCUUCCAGCUGCUGCACCAAGGCACCAAGCUCAUCCCCGCCGACUUCAUCCUCGCCGCCGAAUCCCACAACCCCACCGACGGCGACCUGCACCAGAAAAUGCUGGCCAGCAACUACUUUGCGCAGGCCGAGGCGCUCAUGAUUGGCAAGACGCCCGACGAGGUUAAGAGCGAGGGCGCGCCUCCCGAUCUGGUGCCGCACAAGGUCUUCCUCGGUAACCGGCCGACGACCUCCAUUCUCGCGCAAAAGAUUACCCCGGGAACGCUCGGCGCGCUCAUCGCCUACUACGAGCACGUCACUUUCACCGAGGGCGCGAUCUGGAACAUCAACUCGUUUGAUCAGUGGGGUGUGGAGUUGGGCAAGAGCUUGGCCAAGGCGAUUCAGAAGGAUCUGGACACGCCGGGCGAGGUCAAGGGGCAUGAUGCCAGCACGAGCGGGUUGAUCAAUGCGUUUAAGCAAAAGGCGAAGCUGAAUGCAUGAAUGCAUGGUAGUGGGAAGUUGUGAUGUGCAGUGUUUAAACAUGUUUAAUUGAAAGCAUGCGUUUCAAUCCAAACGAGA